CAUUGGACAUGUCAUGCACCCACGACGCGUCUCAGAUUAUCAUUUCACGCUGCAUCAAGAACUCAGCCGACCUUCCGUUCUGGAUUGCACUGUCCAACGUGUUCUUCGUUAGUCAGCAUUGCCCGGUGUUUGACAGCGACAUUGAGGCGUUGAUAGUGGCGCACCUCCAACUCGUUGUAUCACUUCACCAGGCCGAGGGCAACAUCCAAAGGUUGGCUGCUGUCUAUAAGCAGGAUAUGACUACCGGAGGUAUGCGUUUUAAUGACUUUCUCGAGUAUUCUGAAGUUCAUAUGAGUGCUGGCGCAACGCUAGAUCGCUCCUAUGGAUUUAUCCCCUACGGAAUUGAGCCCCAUCGAUUGGCCGAAAUAUGUAUUCAGACAAAAGCCGGGAACAAUUAUGUCUCUGAGAAAGCUCGUGACGUCACCUUUAUGGGUCCAGAUGUGGGCAUCCUCGAACGACUAGAAGCCGUGGUAAUUGACCUAAACGGCACCAACAUUCCUGCAGUGUGGGUCUGGUGCAAGACCAAGGACGUCGAGAGGGACAUGCUCUACGGCAUACUGGAAGGACGCAUCUUGGCGCAUCUUCACGUGCAGCCUAGAGAGCUCCUCAUAUAUUGUCCCGAUGCAGGCGAUCACGUCGCGGUUGAGGAGAUUCUGUCCGCGCCGACGUCCAUCGGCCAAAAUGACGAGGCCAUUACGCUCAGCCCUGCUCAACGCGCUACAUGGGUGCUGCGCCUGGACGAUAAUCUGAGGGUGACCUACUUACAGGAGUUGCUACGCGCCGCCAGGACGUCCAGAGCGACGACGGACACAAGCUCCGAGACCGAGUCAUGUGCCGCGAAGAAAUCAGAGGACAGCGCGGGAGGACAUAUAGAGGAGAUGUAGAGGUUGGUAU